AUGACUUUUCUUAGGCACUUGACGAAUGUUGGUAGAACAUCUAUAACAAAAAAUGUCAUUGCACGUUCCAGACCUUCAAAUAUUACUGGACAAAUCCAACCGCAUUCUAACCUUUUGUUUAACAAGAAUGUUUUAAAAAGGAAUUUGGCUUCAGAGGUUGAAAAAAAGAGAAUGCAUGAUCCAUACUCUGUUGCUAUAACUAGUCCUAUCACCAGCAUUUCUCCUGAUGAUAUUGGUCCUCAGCUUGAAAAAUCAAUUCUUGGAGAAACGACGGAUGAUCUUAUCGAUUCUGGCGAUCCACAAGAAUUAAAAACACAAGGGUAUACAAUUAAUUUUGGUCCGCAACAUCCAGCAGCUCACGGUGUUCUCCGCUUGAUCCUUACAUUAAAAGGAGAACAGAUCCUUAGGGCUGAUCCUCACAUUGGAUUAUUACAUCGUGGGACGGAGAAAUUAAUUGAAUAUAAGACUUAUUUACAAGCUUUACCUUAUUUCGAUCGAUUGGAUUAUGUAUCUAUGAUGACAAAUGAACAAGCUUAUUCAUUGGCUGUUGAAAAAUUAUUAAAUAUUGAAAUUCCCGAACGGGCGAAAUAUAUUCGUACUUUAUUCGGAGAAAUUACUAGAAUCCUGAAUCAUAUUAUGGCCUUAAUGAGUCAUGCUUUAGAUAUCGGUGCAUUGACUCCAUUCUUGUGGAUGUUCGAGGAGCGAGAAAAGUUGAUGGAAUUUUAUGAACGUGUUUCGGGAGCUAGAUUACAUGCAGCAUAUGUUCGUCCAGGUGGGGUUGCGCAAGAUAUGCCACUUGGAAUGAUGGAAGACAUUUAUCAAUGGGCCACACAAUAUGGUACAAGAGUAGAUGAAGUAGAAGAAUUGUUAACAGAAAAUCGUAUCUGGAAAGAGCGCACUGUUGGAAUUGGUGUAGUCACAGCUCAACAAGCAUUAGAUUAUAGUUUUUCCGGAGUUAUGUUACGUGGUUCUGGAAUAAAAUGGGAUUUACGCAAAGUACAACCUUAUGAUGCUUAUGAUAAAGUAGAAUUUGAUGUACCUAUUGGAUCUCAUGGAGAUUGUUAUGAUAGAUAUUUAUGUAGAGUUGAAGAAAUGAGACAAAGUAUAAGAAUUAUUCACCAAUGUUUAAAUCAAAUGCCUCAAGGUCCUAUUAAAGUCGAUGACUGGAAAAUCUCCCCUCCUAAUAGGGCCAGCAUGAAAGAAUCUAUGGAAGCUUUAAUCCAUCAUUUCAAAUUAUACUCGGAAGGAUAUUCCGUACCUCCGGGAGAAACAUAUACGGUGAUUGAAGCGCCAAAAGGCGAAUUCGGAGUUCAUUUGGUCUCUGAUGGCACCAACCGACCAUACAGAUGCAAGAUUCGCGCUCCUGGCUUUGCUCAUUUGGCUGGAUCAGAUUUUAUGAUUAAAGGACAUCUUGUUCCUGAUGUAGUUGCAGAGGAUCAAUGGUAUAUGUAUUUGAUGGCUGUUGAAGGAUGGAAUGAUAUACAAAACCCUGGAUACUUUUUACCUUCUCUUAAAGAUUCCAGGAUGGGUGAUAAUCCAACACAAUAUUUGAUGCAGUAA